UCGGACUUGCAGCACAACACCGUCGCAAAGAGUGGGAGUUAAGAGACAUGGACUUGCAAGAGGAGUUUAUGCACACGUGAAGGUGAUUUGAAAAACACUUUCUGAUGGAAACACGUCUUUUUUGGGAUGCUACCUGUCUUGGAGUUAUUGAUUUGUCAGAGUAAGGGUACCUCUAAUUAAGAUCAGAUGCAGUUGUACCAGAAACGCUGUGACUAUUGAGUGAUUAUUGAGGCUGAUACAACUUCUAGAUUAUUUUGCCUAGUUAAUCUUAUGGUACCUUAUGGUUCAUCCAUAACAAUAUAAUAUAGCCUAACAUACCUUAACACAAACAGACGUUGACUUUGUUUGGCUACAUCAGGGAUGGAGGCAAAGUGCGAUUGAUGGAGCAGGACCUUCAACAAUACAGGUUUGAGACGCAUGAAAACCAUUACCGCUAAUUCAUCAAUAGGAGGUAGCCUAAAUCAGAGAAUGGGCGAAGUGAAUAAUGCCAAGACACAUGCUGAAAUGUAAUACACUUGCUUUGGGCUUAUUCAGUAGUGAAUGCGAUAACGUGCUGGAUAUUUAAAAAAUCGCUUUACGCACAGACAUUGAGUUCCUUGAACAGAACUGUGGACUGCUGGAACAGGUUAUCAUUUUUUGUUUGCGGUCUGUGGCGCAAGCAAAACAAGAAUGGAUAGCUCAAUGAUGAGGCGUUAGUUGUGGGAACACAUCUUCGCCGACUGUUCUCUCUGCAGAGACACAUGUGCAAGUAGGCUAAUCUGAACAGAAGCAAAAGUCUUGAAAGCACACUAUUGAUCAUAUUUCAUGUUUCCAAAGUUUUUAAGGACGUACAACAAUAUAGUGUCUCACUGAGACUUUCCAAUUAUAUUAUUGCACUGACUUUAGAAUUUGCCAACUGUCAGCUGAACAGGCAAGACAGGCGCGCAAAGCUGCUUCAUUCCCACGUGUCAAAAUACAUUUACGGAACUGAAUGUAGGCCUAUGACAUUGACGCCAUUAGCUUAAAACCCAAUGCACCUAUUAUUUGUUUACUAAUUAUUGGCCAGUAUAGACUACGAUAACCUGGACGCGAGUCUCAUCAGCUGGAGUGUGCUGCUUCUCUCUCUCUCUCUCUCUCUCUCUCUCUCUCUCUCUCUCUCUCUCUCUCUCUCUCUCUCUCUCUCUCUCUCUCUGUCUUAAUAAUAACUUAAGUUGUUGUAUUUAACUCGUUUAAAUGGAAAUGAUGCUCUUCAGACUACUGGUUAUCGUUAUUUUUGUAGUUAAUUCAUUGCUGCUAAAAUCUGCCCAUUCAGACCUUAUUAAAAAGUACAAACAGAUUCUUGCUCAGAGAGCAGACAGGGAGCAGGCUGUCGCUUCUAGUGAACAGUGCGGUUCAGUCAGCCGCAGAAGGCUGGCCAGAGCACCGACCCAGUACCACCCCCCAUCGGCUCUAGCUGCGAGACGGACGCGACUGAAAGACAUUUAUCAUGAGACAACUUUAGCGGGACAGUCAGGUGCGUGCACAGGUGCGUGCAGUCCUGGGAACCGACUCCGUGUGAGAGAAUUACAAGGUGUUUGGGAAUCCCGAGAAAGGGAGGUCAAAAAGAUUCAGGAAGAAUCAUUUCAGCCAGGCAAAUUGGAUUCAUUGACAGACGCGCAAAGUGUCUCUCCCCAUACUUUACACACAAGGAGCCUCAAUUCCAUGAACUCUCCUCACACGGCACAGUUGUCAGAGAGAUACCAGCAACACCAUCCUGAUACAUUUGUUUUGAGGGGCAGUCAGCAGCAUGCAACUGACACUGACAGCCUCUCCUCACCACAAAGGCAGAGGCGCAAUCCUGUUUCUUCUCAUGCUGGAGACUUUGGGGAUUUCAAUGCUAAGCAACGCUUCACUCGCAGUGCGCACAAUGACCAAUCCAGCGAUUACUCUGUUGAGAGCGAGGACUACUCUGGAGAACAGGAGGGGGUGCCAAGCCCCUCGAGUGAUAUGUGGGGCAGGAGUAUCCGGGAGAUCCCACCUGAGUGGAUGAGCGUGCUGUACUUUGGCGGAAGGAGAGAGCAGCUAAGGAUCAACCCAGCAGCUGGCAUUGAACUUCCCCGCAAAAAGUUCAGCAUCGAGCUUUGGGUCAAGCCGGAGGGAGGGCAAAAUAACCCAGCUAUCAUUGCAGGAGUGUUUGACAACUGUUCUCACCCGCUGAACGAAAAAGGGUGGUCAGUUGGGAUUCGGACAUCCAAGCCGGCCGGGAGGAAAGACGGCAGGUAUUUCUUCACCCUGCGGACAGACCGCAAUCCCAGAGCGACCACUGUCACAGACCACCAGCACUACCGCCCCAACGUCUGGACUCACUUACUGGCCACCUAUGACGGCAGCAGGAUGGUGCUGUACGUGAACGGGGCGAAGGUAGGAGAGAGCAGCCAUCAGACGGGCGCUCUGUACAGCCCCUUCAUGAGGACCUGUCGGGUGUUCCUAUUGGGCGGAGACCAGACGGAUUCCAGACACAGUUUCCGGGGGCUUUUGGGUGGGGUGCGUCUGUGGGGUCACUCUCGUGCUCAGGGGACGCUCCUCGGCGGGCACAGAGAAAAAGACCCCCAUCAGAGCCCCUUACUCGCCACCUGGGCUGACUUCUCCUAUGCAGAGCAGUGGUGGGUGCCCUACAAGGACCGCCACUACCCGUCCGUGCUCGCUCUACCCAUCCCCGAGCCCGAGCUCGCCUCGCCUUUCUUGCCACCGCUUUGCGGCCUGACCGUCUGCGACAACAAAGACAUUAUCCUGAGUUACAACGAGCACUGGCAGCUUCGCACUGAAAAACACAUUCACUACCGCGUGGUGAACGUCUGCAACAACGACGGCAGCCAUCCCACCGUCUCAGCCGCCCAGAUCCAGCGGCAGCACCAAGCGUUGGCGGAGGCUUUCCGGCCGUACAACCUCUCCCUGGAACUCAGCGUGCACACGGUGUACAACUCCACACUGCGCCAGCGCUUCAUCCUGGGCAACUGCCCCAAUGCCAAGAUUGGGAACAAGCACUGUGACCCCGAGUGUGACCAUCCACUUACGGGCCACGAUGGAGGGGACUGCCUGCAUAAGCGACCAUGCUACCCCUGGAGAAGACAGGACGGGGAGUGUAAUACGGAGUGCAACACUGUCGACAACGAGUAUGAUGACGGAGACUGCUGCGACCCAGAUGUCACAGAUGUUGGCAAGACCUGCUUUGACCCAGAGUCUCCGUACAGGGCUUACCUGAGUGUGAGGGAGCUGAGAGACCUGCUUCAUCUGAACAGCUCCAACACACUUAAUGUCUUCUUUGCCAACAACUCUGCUCGUGAGGAGCUGGCGGGGUCGGCUACCUGGCCAUGGGCAAAGGAGGCCCUCUCCCAUCAGGGUGGUAUGAUUCUUAAUCCUUCCUAUUAUGGGACCGCUGGCCACAACAACACCAUGAUCCAUGAGCUGGGCCAUGUUUUGGGGCUGUACCACGUCUUCAAAGGCGUCAGCGAGCGGGAGUCCUGUGACGAUCCAUGCCAGGAGACGGAGGCGUCCAUGGAAACGGGUGACUUGUGUGCCGACACAGAGCCCACCCCCAAGUCCAAGGCUUGUCGUGACCCUGACCCGGUUAACGACGCGUGUGGCUCAACACAUUACAAUAACACUCCUUACAACAAUUACAUGAGCUACACAGAUGAUAAUUGCACCAAUCACUUUACACCCAAUCAAGUGGCGAGGAUGCACUGCUAUGUGGACUUAGUCUACCAGAGCUGGGUUCAGGAACGAAAACCUGCACCCAUUCCCCUUGCACCAAUGGUGGUUGGACAGACAGGAGAUUCUGUCUCAGUACACUGGUUAUCACCAAUCAGUGGUCCACUCUAUCAGAGGGAGGGGGAUGUGAACUGCCAGAGGUGUGAUGAGGAUGGAGUUCUCCACCAGUAUGCCCAUGAGGCCACCUCUCCUCAUGGAUGUGACACCUCGGGGUACUGGACACCUGAGGAAGCUGUGGGUGCCCCUGACGUGUACCAGCCCUGUGAGCCCAGUAUGCAGGCCUGGAGUCCUGAGGUGAGCCUGUACGAUGCCAACAUCACCUCGCCCUGUCCCCAGGGUGAAGGAUGCGUGCUGGAGCUCUACUUCCUUCAGCCUGUCUUGGCCGACAGCCUCACCGUGUGGGUCACCUACAUUUCAGCCAGUAAUCCAGCUAUAUCUAAUAUAGAACUCAUCAUGGACACUGGCGAAUCGCUACACAUGGGCCCGCACAGCGUCUACUGUGACAUUCCCCUCACCCUCAGGGUGAACACCGACAAGAGAGUGGCGGCGGUUAAAGUCUGCACCUUCGACCGCAAGAUGGAGAUUGACGCCGUGCUGCUCACCUCGCGACCUCGCAACGCCCUGUGCUCCGGCUGCCAACCCCUGCGCUACCAACUGCACAGGAGGCCGCCGUUUAGCCAAGAGGACAGUCCUGUGCACCUGACUCAGCUGACCUACACGGACAGGGAUGUGGUGAGGGGUGUGAACUAUCAGUACUGGGUGCAAGCGGAGGCUGGCGGCCUGCUGAGUGAGCCCUCCCCCCCGCUGCUCUACACACACCCCCAGCCCUUCUGCGGGGAUGGCCUGCUGCAAGGGACGGAGAGGUGCGAUGAUGGGAAUCUCUUGGAUGGAGACGGCUGCUCGAAGAAAUGCACCAUGGAGCCAAGUUUCAACUGCGAAGGUCAGCCUAGUCUCUGCUAUGUCUUUGAGGGUGACGGCAUAUGUGAGGAGUUUGAGAAGGGUUCCAGCUUCCAGGACUGCGGCUACUUCACGCCAGUCGGGUACACGGAUCAGUGGGCCUCCACCGCCUUGGCCUCCCAUCAAGACCACCAGUGCCCUGCAGCGGGGGCUACAGGGGAGCCAGCCCUCAGCCAGAUGUGCAAAACUCACAACCUGGAUGUGGAGAAUGCAGUGCCACAGGGAGCGUGGAUUCCAUGUACUGCGCAGACACAGAUCAGCAGCUACAAUGAGCCAGAUCCGCCUGUGUGGCUCAAGGUUGGAUUUGAUAUGCCAGGGGUGGCAGCCUCUGUCAUCGUCUAUCUGACAUCGGACGGGGGUUGGCAUGGGGACCGCUGCAGGAGUUCAGUCGCCAUUCAGCUGUGUGACACUAAUGGGAAAAACCAUUCGCUGGGUGACUUUGAGCUGUCGUGCCAGCGUAACCCCCUUGUGGUCAACGUGACUCACAACCUCAGCUUGCCCUUCUACCUGACCUCGGCGGUGAUGCUCAGCUUCUCCUCGGCGCACGUGGGGGUGACGGGGGUGGCCCUGCGGACCUCCUGCCUCUUCAGCGCCUUUGCCCUGACUGGAUGUGUCCACAGACCGUGCGGAACGGACAGCUGCAAGCCACUGCAGAUAGAGCAUGCCUUUGUCACCUGCACCGUGGUGGCAGACAUGACCCGCUGCACUGUCCUCUGCCAUCGCGGCUACACGCUCAGCGUGCUCAGUGGCAAAGGUCUUCCCUCUCAUCAGAGGGACAUCAGCCUGAGCUGCAGCCACGGCGUGUGGGAACGCGUCGUGACGUGCCAGCCCGUCGACUGUGGACUCCCUGACCAGUCGCACGUAUUUUUCGCCACCUUCAAAUGUCCGCGAGGCACGACGUUUGGAAAGCAGUGCACGUUCUCCUGCAGAGCCCCUGCCAUUUUACAAGGGGACAGCGAUACUGUGGUGUGUUUGGAAGAUGGCCUUUGGUCCUACCCCGAAGCCUACUGUAAGACGGAAUGCCCAGAUCCCCCCGCGGUGCCAAGUGCCAAGCUGCUGGUGCCUGAGUGUGAUGGUACUCGACACGACGUUGGCACAGUCUGCCGCUAUAAAUGCAACCCUGGAUACUACGUGGCUGACAGUCUGAACAAGAAAAUUAGAAAGAGGUUCCUGAAGCUGGAGUGUCUGGAGGGGGGUACGUGGGAGAUGGGGGCUUGCGUGCCCGUCUCGUGUCCGGCUCCCCGGGCUCUGUUCGAGGGCAUGUACGCUUGCACCAAUGGCCUGGACUUCGACACUGUCUGCACACUCCACUGUCCUGGGUCUACAGAAAAGCACUCAAUACGCUGCACAAAAGAUGGACGAUGGACAGAGGAGUUCCGCAUGUGCAAGAAUAUAGAUGGCGAUUGCCUCCCACCACCAGACAUCAACUUAGUGGAGUACAUGUGUGACGAAGGAUUUGGCAUUGGUGCUGUUUGCUACCCAACAUGCAUUGUGGCCUUGAGCGACCCAGUGGUCUUAACCAAUGGGACCACUGCUGACACAGUGAAGCACUGGAUGCGGCCCAGCAAAGUUGAGAGUAUCGUCUGCACCGGUCUAAGGAAAUGGUACCCAGAUCCGAAGAUCAUCCAUUGUAUUCAGUCUUGUGAGCCUUUUGGAGGUGACGGCUGGUGUGAUACUAUCAACAACAGGGCUUACUGUCAGUAUGAUGGAGGAGACUGCUGUCCAUCAACGCUCUCCACUGGAAAGGUCAUUCAGUUUGGAGUGGACUGUGAUCAUGAUGAAUGCACUUGCCGCGAUCCUGAGGCAGAGGAGAACAAGAACAAAGGCAAACUCACAGACCCAGCGCAGCUUUGAGAGCUGGGGAAAGAUUUACAGUAUGGACAGCUCCAAUGAGAGAGAAAAAAAACCCCUCACAGAUGGGCAAUACAAAUGAACUGGGCCACGUUCUCUCCUCUCUUCUGGAGAUAAUGUUCUAGCCAAGAGCAGUAGAUCAAGCAGCAGGUGCUUCAGAAGUGCAUAUAAAGUUAUACUAAUCUAUAAAAACCUUCACUAAUAUAUUUUGAACAAUCUCUCUGACAUAGAUGUAGGUGUAGAUUUAAAAAGAUUAUUUUAACAUCAUAUCACACACAAGAAAUGUAUGGCCUGUAUCUUUGUGAAAUAAUUCUCCAACAUGUUAGUUAGGUCAUUAUAUAAAGUAUGUCUGAUUUCAAAGAGGUUUUAUACAAAUAUUACAUUACAUGUAUGGAAGUAACAGCUUAUUUUGUGUCCUAUUCAAAUAUGAAUAAAUUUAUCUGGA